AUGCAAAUCAUUUGUAUUACAAUAGCUCCGGUCUUCUUCUCUGCCGCCAUUUAUGUGACACUUUCUCAGACCAUCAACUUCCUCGAUCGAUCGAUUUCCCGAUUUCCACCUCGCCUCUACUACUGGACAUUCAUCCCGAUAGACAUUGUCUCCUUGAUUCUCCAGGCUGUAGGAGGCGCGAUGUCCUCCGUCAGCACGACGAAGGAGGCUGCGGACCGAGGCGUCAAAAUUUCACUCGCUGGACUUGUGUUACAAGUUGUCUCGCUUGCGGCGUUCUGCGGACUUUUUGGAGACUACAUGAUCGCUUACAAUCGAUCGAAAACUCGUCCUCUGAUGAGUAGGAGACUCGUGGUCUUCCUAACUUUCCUGAGCCUUGGUACCAUGUUUGUACUGCUGCGUUGUGUCUAUCGAAUCGUGGAGCUGCAUGAGGGCUACUUCAGUCACUGGUUCCGAGACGAAACACUGUUUAUCGCGUUAGAGUCAGCCGUUAUGGUUCUAGCCGUUUUUUCUUUGUUAGUCGGACACCCGGGACUUGUAUUCAAUAAGAAGGAGAGAGAAAGACUUGACGCAAACAAUGCGCUCAAUCCAGAGUCAAGCGAGGGCGGUGGUAGCAAUGAUAAACCCGACAACAACGCGGUCACAGAUGGGAGCGAUACUUCAGUCAAAGAUCCGGCGCCAGCAGCAGCUAGAGAGAAGUCAGCCUUGUCCGCAAGCGUCUAG